AUGCUCCGCCCGCGAGAGGACCAACGCGGCGAUCUUCAGCCCCUCUCCGUGACCACCGGCCAGGCGCUCGUCUUGCUUCUUGCUGCUGUGACCGAUCGCCAAGCAUUGCGGGUCCAGAGAGGAUCUAAAGUUGGUGAACUCCGCACUGCCUUGAGGCUUGUUGAAGCGAAUAUAUCCCAAGAUCCUCCGGACCAGGGGCCCUCCGCCGCCCCCGCCGAAGGGUGGCUGCAACCCCUCCACGACAAUCGUGAUGGCGUCCGACGUUGCCGACACCCGGGGGGCAAACUCGAGCAGACUGAUCGAGUGGGUCUGGAGGAUGGCGUCCUUCCUGCGCGCAGAUCUCAGCGCCCCACCCACCAGGCGGGAAAACUCCAGGGCAGCACGUCAACGACAGGGACUUACCAGUUUUGA